AUGGCCGACAGCGAGCUCCGCCAGCGCAAGGCCAAGGGCGACGAUGGCCAGACAAAGCAGAGCACAAAGCGUCGCACCACAGACGAAGAAGAUUACGACUCAAGUUCGCUCCGCCUUGAUAUUUUACGGGUGUUGACUUUCUUGUUCGUUGCUUCGUGUGGCCUCAGCUAUGUCAUCAGCUCUGGCGAGAGCUUCUUUUGGGGCAUGCAGAAUAAACCGAACUACCUGAAGCCUGAGUGGUGGAAAGCCAAGUUUGCUGGACCUAUCUAUCUUACCCCGGACGAGCUUUCCCAAUACAAUGGCUAUGAAAAGGGCAAACCCCUGUACCUCGCUGUCAAUGGCACCAUCUUCGACGUCUCGAGCGGCUUGCACAUGUAUGGCAUCGGCGGCUCAUAUCACUUCUUUGUCGGCCGUGAUGCGUCGCGCGCCUACGUUAGCGGCUGCUUUGAGGAAGACUUGACCCCCGAUAUGCGCGGUCUCGAAGAAAUGUAUCUUCCUAUUGACGACCCCGAAAUCGACUCCAAGUGGACCACAGCCGAGAUGAAGCAGCUCAAAGAGCAGGAGCUGGCAGAAGCCAAAGAAAGAGUGCACAGCGGCCUGAAGCACUGGGUCGACUUUUUUACUAACAGCCCCAAGUAUCAAAAAGUUGGCUACGUGAAGCGCGAGGAAGGUUGGCUAGAGAAGCUCACUGUUCCUCCGCUCUGUAAAUCCGCCCAGGAAAAACGCAAGAAGAGGGUUCCUCGUGACCAACAGUAA